GCAAAAUCUCGACCAAAGAUGACGGCCAACCCUUGCGUCGACUGCCGCGAGCGCGAGGCGACGCUGACCAUCAGAAAUAGGCGGCUGUGUAGCGUCUGUUUCAACUCCUAUGUGCACUCGAAAAUCUUAAAGCGUAUGGGAUCCUAUGGCCUCAAGAACUUGCCUGGAGAACAGAAACGCCGCUUGUUUCUACCUUUGUCUGGCGGGCUGUCAUCGCUCGUUCUGCUACAAGUGCUUGACUUUCAGUUACAGAAGCAGAUUGCAAAUCGCAACAAGACAACGUAUGACAUUGUUGUGGCUCGAGUCGUCCUGCCUGACGAACUGGAUUCACGGUCCAUCAAAAGUGACUAUGAAGCUUUGGCUGGAAGGUUCGCCACGCAGACUUUUCUGCCUCUACUUGAUCUGCACGAAGUUUUGCGGCUCGACCACCAGGUGGAGCGGGAUUUGAAAGAGCUUGGAAUUGUGCGCGACGAUGGUGAAGCAGACCAGAAUUUCUUCCUUCGUAUCAUGCAUUGCAGCACGUCUGCAACUGCAGCAUCGGAUGUGCAGUCAAUCCUGCUCAAGCGCCUUCUUGUGGCUGUUGCUAGGGACCAAGGAUGUGAAAAUGUCUUAUGGGGUCAUUCAGACACCCGUUUGGCGGCAUUGGCACUGGCUGAUGUUGCGAAAGGACGAGGUGGGUCUGUUUCUUGUUCGAUCGCUGAUGGACAAACAUUGCAAGGAGUCGACUUCAAUUAUCCACUCCGUGAUCUCUUCAAAGCUGAACUACAGACAUAUGCUCGAGCGUCAUCAGAGCCGAUACUCGAAACUACAGUCGAACAAGACAUCCCGGUUGGACAGCCCACCAACAUACGUAGCACUGCAAUCGACAGCCUCCUCAACACUUAUAUCACAUCUCAAGGGGAGAAAUACCCCAGCAUCAUGGCGAAUGUUGUGCGCACUGCAAGCAAACUAGAAGCCAGGAGACCAGCCGACAAUGCUACAGCUUGCCCUGUUUGUCUCAUGCCUGUGAUAGGCACCCAGGGCCUUCUAAACAGAAAUUCUGGGCUAUGUUAUGGAUGUGAGAGAAUGAGGCAAGACAUUGUACCAUGAUCAUAGCGACACGACAGAUUUACAAAUCAGUGCAUAUGGAGUUCGAGGAUGUAUUCUAGGACGUUUGGAAACGACACGACAAGAAUGUGCAUACAAUUGAAUCUAUGGCUCAAUACAAAGUAAAGCGUACUAAAUCCUCCGCUGGCAAGUUCGACCGAAACAAU